CAGAACUGCACACCUGGACAGGUGCGGCCCCAGCACCGGCGGCCCCGCCAGGUGAGGCCGCACCAGUGCGGCCACUGCCACAAGUUCUUCAAGGACCUGGCGUACCUGGCCGUGCACGAGAAGGUGCACACAGGUGAGACGCCCUACAAGUGCGGCGUGUGCGCCAAGGGCUUCGCGCACCCCUCCAACCUGCUGCAGCACCAGCGCGUGCACCGCGACACCUGAGCCGCGCGCCAGGUGAGCGCCUGUGCUCACCCGGAAAGGUGCGGCGUCCUCGGCCGAGCGCCGUGGGCGGAGCCCCAGGUGAGAGGACUCGGUGGCUGUGAGCCCCGACAGGUGUGGACCCCAAAACUGCAGCAGGAACACCUGGAAUGUGACACCUGAGCACCAGGUGAGAGGACUCGGUGGCUGUGAGCCCCGACAGGUGUGGACCCCAAAAAUGGAGUUUGGACCCCAAAAUAGCAGCAGGAACAGCUGGACUGCGACACCUGAGCCCCAGGUGAGGGGACUCAUUACCUGUGAGCCUGGACAGGUGUGGGAACCCAAAAAUCGCCUGUGGACCUCAAAAAGGUGCAGCAGCAACACCUGGACUGUGACACCUGAGCCCCAGGUGUGGGGACUCCAGAACUGCACACCUGGACAGGUGUGGACCCCAAAAAUGGAGUUUGGACCCCAAAACUGCAGCAGGAACACCUGGACUGCGACACCUGAGCCUCAGGUGAGGGGACUCAUUACCUGUGAGCCCGGACAGGUGUGGGAACCCAAAAAUCUCCUGUGGAACCCAAAAAGGUGCAGCAGGAACACCUGGACUGCAACACCUGAGCCUCAGGUGUGGGGACUCCAGAACUGCACACCUGGGCAGGUGUGGACUCCAAAAAUCUCCUGUGGACUCCAAAACUGCAGCAGCAACACCUGGACUGCAACACCUGAACCUCAGGUGUGGGAACUCCAGAACUGCACACCUGGACAGAUGUGGACUCCAAAAAUCUCCUGUGGGCUCCGAAACUGCAGCAGCAACACCUGGACUGCAACACCUGAGCCCCAGGUGAGGGGAUCCUGACCAGGUGUGAACCCCAAAAUCUGCAACACCUGGACAGCAACACCUGAGCUACAGGUGAGGCAUCCCCGGCCAGGUGUGAACCCCAAAACCUGCAACACCUGAGGCACAAGUGAGGGGAUCCCGGCCAGGUGUGGCCCCAAAAAAUCUUCCUCAUCUGCACCUGAAGCACCUGAGCCCCAGGUGAGGGACUGCUGGACAGGUGUGACCCCCAGACUCCGCAGAACCUGAGGCACAGGUGAGGGGUCACACCUGAGCUGUGACGUCACCAACAGCGGACGAGGAACUGAGGGACCCCCACGGUUCACCUGUGGCCAGGUGUGACCCCAGCGCU